ACUAUCUGCUGGUCUUUUGUGCGAGCGUGUGGACUUUCUCAGUUACCACGAAACUGUGUGUCCUGUUUAUAAAAUACCGUUUCUAGCCGUGCUUAAAGGUUCAUCCAGCAUGUCACCAGCAAAGACGAUUUGUAUGAGUGAGUGUAAGGACCUGGGCUCUCUGCUAGACGCUGAUUUCGGCAUGGUGACGCUAGUGUCCGGUAACACGCGACUGGUGGUGCACAAGGCCGUGCUGGAAGCUAGGAGCCCUGUGUUUGCUGCCAUGCUGCAGGACAUGCUAGAGGACGGCAGCGAUCAGCUCUCCAUCCCUGACGUAGAGGGCCCGGUGCUGCAGAGGCUCGUGGGCUACAUGUACACUCUUAGGCUCUCCCAGCUGCAGGGUCUGGGCCCUCAGCUGCUGGCCGUUGCCGACCGGUAUGGCGUGGUUGGCCUCAGGGCUCUGUGCGAACAGCUGCUAGAUGUAGAAAACGAGGAUGACUGACAUAUGUGAAGUAAUGUGAAGUGACUGACACGUGUGAAAUAAAUCUUAACUGCUUGACUGCAUGUGUGUUCGCUAAAUACUUGUAAAUAAAGAAUUAAAUGAAGAAAGA